AUGGCAAGGCUCACUGACAAUGCCUAUUACAAUGCCAGCAAAGGGCCUUGGGAAUGUACCAAGUCCACGAUAAACGCCUCCUUUGCGGGCUCUACAGCACUUCAGUUGGCCUGUCAAAAAGGCCAUUUAGCCUGUAUUGACCUACUUUUGGCCCACGGUGCAAGUUGGCGCCCACGUGAUGCUGAAGGCAAUCAAGCCGUACAUACAGCCGCCCAGGGGGGCUCGGUGGAAGCACUACGCUGUCUUGUCACUCGACUUCCGUAUUACUAUAGGCAACAGCGCCGCCUUCAGCGCGUCUCUCAUCGCCGAACUUGCCAACGACAUGUACAGUCGCGUCAG